CCACUCGCCUGGAGUGCGCGGGCGAGGCGGGCGGAGCGCACCGGGCUCUGGGGCCGCACCGGCUCGCAGCGCCGGGCUCCGAAAAGCGGCUGCAGCUCCUGAUCGCAGCCGCGCUCCCUGUGCCUGGUCCAACCCAGACUCCUCCGGGUCAUGGCUCUGGCGGACAGUACUCGAGGAUUACCCAAUGGGGGCGGCGGCGGGGGCGGCAGCGGCUCGUCGUCGUCCUCUGCCGAGCCGCCGCUCUUCCCCGACAUCGUGGAGCUGAACGUGGGCGGCCAGGUGUAUGUGACCCGGCGCUGCACCGUGGUGUCGGUGCCCGACUCACUGCUCUGGCGGAUGUUCACGCAGCAGCAGCCGCAGGAGCUGGCCCGGGACAGCAAAGGCCGCUUCUUUCUGGACCGGGAUGGCUUCCUCUUCCGCUACAUCCUGGAUUACCUGCGGGACUUGCAGCUCGUGCUGCCCGAUUACUUCCCGGAGCGCAGCCGGCUGCAGCGCGAGGCCGAGUACUUCGAGCUGCCGGAGCUGGUGCGUCGCCUCGGGGCUCCCCAGCAGCCUGGCCCCGGGCCGCCGCCGCCGCACUCCCGGCGCGGGGUGCACAAGGAGGGCUCGCUGGGUGACGAGCUGCUGCCGCUGGGCUACGGCGAGCCCGAGCCCCAGGAGGGCGCCUCGGCUGGGGCGCCGUCGCCCACGCUGGAGCUGGCUAGCCGGAGCCCGUCUGGGGGCGCGACGGGUCCCCUGCUCACGCCGUCCCAGUCGCUAGACGGCAGCCGGCGGUCCGGCUACAUCACCAUCGGCUACCGCGGCUCCUACACCAUCGGGCGUGAUGCCCAGGCGGACGCCAAGUUCCGGCGGGUGGCGCGCAUCACCGUGUGCGGCAAGACGUCGCUGGCCAAGGAGGUGUUUGGGGACACCCUGAACGAGAGCCGGGACCCCGACCGGCCUCCGGAGCGCUACACCUCGCGCUAUUACCUCAAGUUCAACUUCCUGGAGCAGGCCUUCGAUAAGCUGUCCGAGUCCGGCUUCCACAUGGUGGCGUGCAGCUCCACUGGCACCUGCGCCUUUGCUAGCAGCACCGACCAGAGCGAGGACAAGAUCUGGACCAGCUACACCGAGUACGUCUUCUGCAGGGAGUGAGCCUCCCAGCCCCCUCGCCACUCCUGCGCCCACUUCCCUUCUCCAUAUGGGGGACAAGAUCGUAGAUCCCCCUCCCCCCGGUCCCCUCUACCUGGUUCCUUCUACCGCUUCCAGUAGCUCGGUCAGACCCCUACUUGAGAAUCUGAAGCCACAUCUUCGUCUUCUUGGGACCCCGCUAACCGAGAGUGCUCAGAUGUAGCCCUUCACCUAUGCUUCCUUUACUACCCUUCUCCCAGAUUGUACUUCCCUGGGGAUCUAGUGGGGCAGUGCGGUGUAAAGUCACCAAGUACCUGGGACUGACUGAAUUGUUUAGAACCUAAUUGGACCAUGUUCAGUGUGCAGAAGAGUCCUCGAAAUCUUCUUAAACCGUUUGACUCAUCCGUGGUUUCAGAGAUUAGAACUGAUAGCGCUGUGUGGGCAUAGUGUUUUAAAAGAUCAUUCAGAGUUGAUCCUCAUUAGAAAAACAAUUUUAGAAGACCGAACGGAAGACUGUGAUGCUGGAAUUAAGACACUUUGGAGGCAGUUCAGUGACUGUAAAUAAAGUUUUCAAAAAUUACAGGUAGAAGUAGACUCUAGUGCUGGUAACGGGGAAGGAUCCCGUCUUUCCCACACAAUAAGACCUUCGCAGGACCUUAAAUUUGUAGAGAGUAAUCCUCCUGCCUGCGGAGGCGCCCUUUCUCCUCAACUCUUAGCCUGAGCUCCAGGCUCUGUUGGUUGAUAAAGAAGCACUUCUAAGCAAGGGAAGGGAGCUGUCUCUUAGAAGGCAAGGCUGUCCAGACUCCCUGUGCUGCUGAAAGACACCUGGCACUGUCUAAAGGGAUCUGGGUAGUAAUGCACGUCGUGGGUAGUAGGUAGGAUCUUAAGGCCCUUUGGUCUAAGACUGGUGGGAGGACUGGGAAGGGAAGAAAAAGGGGAAGGGUGGGAAGGGAGGAGCGGACAUACUCAUUUAUUAUUUGAAAGUUGGAAGUUUGUAUCAUACGUUUGAGUACAUGCACAUUUUAAAAAUAGCAAACAGCAAACAUAAACUUGGAUUUUAUCAAGAUUAGUCAUAGACCUACAUUUAGCUGGCAGUUUAUUGAGUCCUAAACUUAUAAGUUGCUAAUAACUUGUAUAACUUAACCAAAGAGUUACCUAGUAGGGUUUUAGUUACUAGAACUUCAAUUUUCUUGUUAAUUAUAAUUCCUGAUUUUAGAAUCUAUUUACUUGAGCAAAGUAAGUGUGAUUUUGGUUUACUUAGACUUAAGAUCUGUUAUUUAAAAAAAAAAAAAAAAAAGUCCAGCAAAUGUAGACUGCUGGCAGGUCUGAAAAUCUGAGCAGCACUUCUUUCUGCAUUCGUCUGAAGUUAAAGUGGAAUCUUUUCCAGUGACAGAGUUGAAGAUAAUGUAAGCACCAAGAACUGCCCAUCUGUAGAUAGCUGCAAAGUGCAAUGUUUUUAAAUGAAGCUAAAGAAACGCUUCAGUGUGAGCUGAGCAAUAAAAUGGUGUUUUAGGUAAAUGCAACAGAAACAGACCUGGUUGCCUUAUGCCUUUACUCUCAUAUGGAAUAAAUUCCCAGUGUAUAUCCUAUGUGCACCAUAAAUGAAGGGAAAUGAGUCCUUCUCAUACUUCCUGAGGAGAGGCAUCCUUUGGAUAAUCUGUGAGGAUGGAGAAGCCUUGUAUUUUUUGUUUUAGCAUCUUUCUCUGAAAUACGUUUUUAAAGAUUUUGUAAGAGUCGUUUUCAGUGUUUAAAUUAGCGCUAUUUUCCUUUUUAAAAAAGAAUCUUGUACUGUAUCUUACUGUGUCCAUGACAGAUGUUACAAAUUUGGACAGUUUUAUUCUUAGACUCAUGUGAUCCAGUCUGUAUAUACCAUAUAUAAACAUUUUACACGAAUCAUUUAGUUUUUUAAUUCAUCUACUAGCACUAUAAAUUUUCCUACAUUUACCCCUGGUAACUUGCAUUGGAUGGUGUAUAUACUAAAGCAACAUGUUUUGAUGAGUUUCUUAUAUUCUUGUCUAUGAACCUGGGUCAGGAAAACACAGAACUGUAAAGCUGAGUUUGCUCCAUACAUUUUUGCUUGUAUUAGUUGUAUACCAAUCAUAAGUCAACUGUCUACUUAAAAACAAGGUACCUGUAUUUUUAAUCCACUAAUGCUUUCAUUUUAAUUGGGAAAGAGAUUUGAGUUCUUUUGUUAGAGCUAUACUUUUUAAAGCAAAGUUAGCUUUGUGUUCAAGGGCUGCAGUUUUAAGUGAAAGGGAAGCAGGAAGUUGUGUUUGCUUUUAUGUUGAAAUGGUUUUUAGACGAGGCAAUAUAUUAGAACUUAACCUUUGUCUCAACCUGAAAUGAUUUAGAACUGUCAUUCUCUGGCCAAGAGUGCCACAGAUUUCUCUAUCCCAUGGCACUCUGUUAGAUUUGCUUAACAAAAAUGCAUGAUUAAGAACAUCUUUAGAACAGAUAAAAAACAUUGACAGAUGGCAAGACUUGGAAGUUCUGAUUUCCUUCAUCAAUUCUGCACAACUCUUAAGAGACAUGAGAAACUGCUAAGGUUUGUCUUUACUCAAGCCUUAUGAAUUGUGCAUUGGAAAACUUUGAGUUGCACUAUUCCGUUGUCUUACACAUAGGCAUCUUACUGCACCCCUUAUCAUACCCUGGCUGCCCUGAUUCCUAUGCUAUUUUAAAGACUGGGGAUUUAGUCGUGGGAACAGUAAACUGAGCUUUUCAGGAAUGACUGUGCCCUCUGCUAUUGAAGUGAAAACGUUGUACUUUUAGCCCAAAAUUAAGGCUGAGUAGUUAACUCAUUUUAUGUUGGGUACCUAGUACAAUUGAGGUAGGAUGACUUGGUAUGAGUCCUUUCACAUCUUUAUCUCUUUGGGCUUUAGAAGAAGCCUUUAGGGCUUACAAAGUAGUCUGAAGUGUUGGUCAUCACUUGUGAGCUUGAGAAGGGUACAGAAUAGGGUCCACCUGAAUAAGUUCUUCAGUGAUACCCUUGAAAUGACCUAGAAGAAUGUUGUAAACUAUUCAGAUAAUCAUGACUGCAGUAAUCCAACUCAGAGAUGCAUGAAUUUGCAUAUGUUGUUCAAAUUACCAUUUGUUGCAGAUACAUAACAUUGGAUUUAAUAACUAAAAAAAGAAUUGUUGAUAGUUAUGGUGGUUAAAAAAUCCAGGUACUCUAUACCACGUUUGUGUACCAAGUGUUUGACAUAUUUUCUGUUUUUUAAUACAUGUAGUCUAUGAAUUAUGUUCAUUCUGAUUGUUUCUUUUUGGGUUUUGAAUUAAUGACAAAGUGUUAAUUCAAAUACUAGUUGAAAUUGUCUUCUCUUUCAAAUCAGACUCCUCUACGUGUAUUCAAUAUAAUUACACCUGCUGCUUCUUUGAGGAAAUAUAUAAUGAGACCUAAUGGGCAAUUGGCAGUGCUUACAAAAAUAUUCCAGUUUUUAUUGGGAUUUUCCAUGGAAUGUUAUUAUGACAUUAAAGCCAUGUAAGAUGAAGCUUUGAUAAUUUUUUACUUUUCAAAUUAUGGUGAAUUCCAAUCUAGUAUUCAAAUCAUCUUUGUACUCUUACAUGUAAAAUGGUAAAUUUUAAUGCAGAUGUUUAGAACAGUAUUGAGUGGAGGAAUUGAAUUCUUUUAAGAAUUUCUUUUAUAGUCUAAAUUACAAGUACUGUACAAAAUUGACAAAAUAAAAAAUUAAAAUCAGUAUUUUUAUUGUAAACUUAUCAGUCACUACUUUGCUUGGAAUUUUUCUUAUGUUUGUUUUUAUCAUAAAUCAUUAAAAACCUGAAUUGUUUUAUUCUUGAGAAAUGAAUAAAAUACAGCAUUCUUAUCCCCAGAGUCUGUAGUACCUAGAAUAGGUUUUCACAUAGUUAGGAAUGAGUUGUGUUGUAGUCAAACUUCCUUUGUGACAGUUUUGGAAAAAAAUCUAAAAAUAUUACUAUUUGAGGAUUGAGAUUCUCUACUGGGUCCCUUAAAACUUAACAAUGGAAGAAAUUCAACCAGAAUACUUACAUUAGAACAUAAUCACGUAUGGUAGGAAGAUGAAUUAGUUGACCAAGAAUUCUUGCCAUAAAAUGUUUUAUGAUUUUUUUCCCAAGCCAGUUUUGUUUAUUUAAAAUAUGUUUGAAGGUAUGUGGACAUUAAUUGUAAUGCAAACUAUUAUACAACUGUAUUUGUGACUUUAUAGGCAGGUAAAUUUUGCUAUAACUAUUGAUACAAAUAAUAAAAAUUCACUUAUUACUACCACUAGUAACCAUUUAAUAAAAAAAGGGUCAAAACAUUCAUCCUUGAUAUGAAAUUUGAACAUGUAAAUGAUGUUAAUUAAAAUUUUCUGGGUAUCUGAAAAAUUCUUACUUAUUAAACAAUAUAGGAUUUUCAUAGAACUAUCUGGGAUUCUGAAAUGUUGAAAAUGUUAUUUGUUAAGUUAUACAUAUCUUUGAGCCAUUUCUUAAAUUCUAAGGGGACAUGAAAAAAUAUAAGAUUACCAGACUUUUCUAAUGAAACAUAAAGCCAAGGAAAAAAGCCUCUCUAUAUUAAUAAGAAAACAAAAACAAGAACAUGUGGAUGAAGUCUUUCCAGGAAUGUCCAAAUUUGAGAAUUUAGUCAUCCAUCCAAAUCUCUAGAGAUUUUUAUUUUCUCUAUUCACAACCAGUUGUAUAACAGAAAUACUUGAUACUGGUUUCCCUCCUAUGUGUGAAGUGAUGAAUCAAUCAUUUAUUAUGUGACUUGUUAUGUAUUCUAUUAAACACUAAAGAAUAAAACAUUCACUCAUUUAAUUAU